CUGGUUUAUGGGUCACCUUUCUGACAGUUUAUAUAUGACACAGAUUCAAUGACAGGUGUUUGAUUUUGGACUCUGUGACGAGUUGAACAGCAGGAGGUACAGACAGCACAACUGAGGACCACAACUCAGAGAACUAGAGUGAAGAGGAUCAAUGAGAAACUCAAAGAGAGCCACAAAGUCCAGAGCAAGACUCCGGAAAGAAAACUUAUGAGAGAUGUGUCUAAAGACGAAAAAAACAAGUUCAUGACCUAAAGAUGCAGAAGGAUCAGUGCUGUGUGAAGCUCUCGGUCCAGCCGUCCAGAGGACUGGUGGAUGAGAAGUUCACCAUCUUGGUCCAGAACACGCCGCCUGGUUUCCAGCUGACUGUACACGUCCUCCAUCAUAGCGAGGAUGGACAUGACUGGGAGGCGUUUGCUCACUACACCGCCGAUAACACGGGGACUGUGAACGUUUCAGAGGAUCCCAGUCUGGGAGGGACGUAUACUGGCGUUGAACCGAUGGGUCUCAUGUGGAGCCUCAGAACAGUUCCUGGCAGCAAACCUUGGCUCAGGAUGAGAAAGAAGAACGUCCAGACUCCCAUGGAGUUCAUGAUCUCUGUGUACCAGGGUCACCAGACGGAGGGCUUCACAGAUCAGGUGCCACUGGUUGGUAUGGCAGUGGAGCGCUGGUAUAUGGCGCCUGGUGUCAAGAGGAUCCCGAUCACUGAGGAAGGACUCACUGCGACUCUUUUCCUGCCCUCAGGACCAGGACCUUUCCCUGCCAUCAUAGACCUCUGGGGGGGUGGAGGGCAGUUGGUGGAGUACCGUGCAUCUCUUCUGGCCUCCAACGGCAUCGCCGCCCUGGCCCUCGACUACCUGACACCAAAAGUUACCAUGGAAACAGGGAAGAUAGUCGAAAAUGAUUAUUUUGAGAAGGCGUAUAAACUCCUGGAACAACAUCCUCAGAUACACGGCAGCAGGAUCGCCAUUUUAGGGCUUUCUUUCGGCACCUGCAUGGCCUUAAAACUGGCCGUUUACUCUCAAGUUAUGAAGCUCAGGUGUGUCGUGUGUGUCAGUGGGAGUCAUAUUCAGCCAGUAGAUGGAUCUCUGAAGGAAGUACUGGAUCACUUCAACAAAAACAAUGAAAAGACUCGCGUUAAUGAGGAGAACCAGAUAAUCUGGCGAGAUCUGCUGCUUCCCAUCCCCACUGACCCUGCAUUCAAAGUUGAUGUUGGACGACUUCAGGUUCCUCUGAUGCUGAUAGUUGGAGAGGAUGAUCAGAAUUGGCCUGUCCCUGAGUCUGCAAAGGAUAUGAAAGAGAUGAUGGAGCAGGCUGGGAACAGCCACCUCCUGACUGUCCUGUUGUACCCAAAUACCGGUCACCUGAUCGAGCCUCCGUACACGCCGCACGUCCGAGCCGCCAACUUCGUAGUAGCCAACUCUCGUCAGAAGGUGGUGGCUCUCUACGGGGGAAAUAUGGUGGGUCAUUCUCGCGCUCAGGAAGAUGCCUGGAGGAAGAUGCUGGUGUUUCUGAGGGUGAAUCUGUUCGGUGGUCCAGACCCUGGAGCAACUUCAUCGCCCUAGCUGUAACAAAGGUGAAAACUUAGGAUCAUGAGCACAAGAGGCUUCUGCAGAUUGAUGGACUCUUAAUGUGUCACAUGCUCAUACAGACAGGCUGUGAAAUGUUAUAAAUAAAUGUAAUGGUGGAUCGUUAGCUCACUUUAGCUCAUGAGUUGUGAUCUCAAGGUACAGAUAUGAAGCAUGACUUCAUAGCCCAUGUUGUGUUAAAUCAGGUUGCGGUAUUGAUGAUUGUCAAUAAAGAUUUGAUUGAA